CUAAUCUUCUAUAUUUACGCACACACAACCUCGUUGAACAAAACACAACACUUCAUCAAUACACAUAAAAUAUCACAAAACAUGACAAAGCUCAUCCUUAUCCUCGCCGCACAAAUCCUCCUCCUCGCCGCCCUUGCUUCCGCCGGAGACGAUGGAGACUUCGCAAGAACCAUUAACCAAAAACAUCUCGGCCUCCACAAAGAAGAGAAACUCACCCAUUUCCGAGUUUAUUGGCACAACUCGGUAAAAGGUCGAAACCCUAGCGCCGUCAUGAUCCAACAGCCUGUCUCGAACUCCUCUUUGUUCGGGUCGAUCACCAUGAUGGACGAUCCAUUAACAACAGAUGUGCCAAGGAAUUCGACUGUGGUGGGCCAGGCCCAAGGUUUCUAUGCAGGAGCGGUGCAAGGAGAGAUAGGCUUCUUGAUGGCGAUGAAUUUCGUUUUCAAGACAGGGAAGUACAAUGGGAGUACGAUCGCGAUUCUUGGUCGGAACACGAUUUACUCGAAGGUUAGGGAAAUGCCGGUGGUCGGGGGAAGUGGAAUCUUCCGGUUCGCUAGAGGCUAUGUCGAGGCUCGCACCAAGUUCUUCGAUUUCAAGUCCGGUGUUGCCAUAGUUGAGUACAAUUGUUACGUCUUGCACUACUGAUAUAAUUAUGUUUGUAAAUGUUUUAUUGUGAUUUUAUUACUUACGUAACAUUUGUAUUUGACUGAGUGUUGUUGUUAAUCGUGGUUUGUUUGUUUGUUUGUUUUUUUUU